AUGCAUACAUGGCAGUCAUUACAGCAGCCAGAACGACAAGGGUUGGAAGAGCUGUACGCACCGGAAAAGCCCUCUGCGGUGGACACCAGUUCUAUGGCUCUCUCUGGCGAGCUCUACAGCUUCGAGCGAAACCUUCAGCACCGGCAAGAGCAAUCGUAG